GUAAUACAAACCUCGUGAUCACCCAUUCACUUCUGCAAACGUCUGCCUCUCAAAUGAGAAGGCGUACAGGCCGAGAGGGGGAGGCAGGGGAAAUUAGGAGGGGUGCAGGCAGGUGUUGUGGAAGUUAACGCUGGCCCGGACGAGAAACGGGGAGAGAGUGGCCGGUCGUCCACCGGUACCGGCUGAUUCCGCGAUUGUACCAGCCAAUAGGAUACGAGUGCCUCUCCUCCUCCUCCUCAUCUUCGUUAUCGUCAUCAUCCUGUGUUGGACCACAAGCGGCCCAGCGUGGCAAGCCCGGUGAAGAUGGGCCGCAGGCUCGACUUGUCCGGCCUGACGGACGACGAGGCCGAACAUGUCCUGAAAGUUGUCCAACGGGACAUGAAGCUGAGGAAGAAGGAGGAAGAUCGGCUCAGUGAGAUGAAGCAGGAGCUGGCGGAGGAAGGCAGCAGAUGCUCCAUCCUCUCCAAGCAGCACCGUUUCAACGAGCACUGCUGCAUCCGCUGCUGCGCGCCCUUCACCUUCCUGCUCAACCCCAAACGCGAGUGCCUGGACUGCCAGUACAACGUGUGCAAGACCUGCUGCACGUACAACAAGAAGGACAAAGCCUGGCUGUGCGCCGCGUGCCAGAAGGGCAGGAUUUUAAGGACACAGUCCCUGGAAUGGUAUUACAACAAUGUGAAAAGACGCUUCAAGAGAUUCGGCAGCGCCAAGGUUUUGAAGACUUUAUAUCGGAAGCACAUUAUAGAGAGAGGAGCGCUAUCUGAUCUCCCAGAAAGCAGCGUCCACGAGGGAAGUUUUGGCAAUGACAACGAUGGCAGCAUAUGUGGCAGUGACUCCGUCUUCUACAAACAGAGUGAAGGACACAGUAUGGCUGAGACGCUCACGGUCGCCUUGCGCGUUGCUGAGGAAGCCAUAGAGGAAGCCAUUGCCAAGGCAGAAGAGUUCAGUGACAGUUUGGAGAAGCAGAAUGAGGCUCGAUAUCUACGAGACCACAAAGAAGAGCUCAUAGAGGAACUCGCUACAACCAUUGUCCAAAAGAUCAUCCAGAGGAGGAAGCGCUCAGAGAUGCAGACAGAGUAUGACUUUGUCUGGCCUCAGCCUCAGUCUUUGAUUCAGACCAGUGAUCAAGUGUCACCUUCGCAAGCUCAAACGUCUUCACAAGGAUCUUCGGACCCCCUCAAAGCAUCCUCCACCCUCUCGCGCUCACGCUCAGCCUUCUCCCUCACCAGUGACGACUCUCCCGAAAAAGUUCCUCAGGACGAGGCCGUUGGCACGGGCGGCAGCCUACAGGAAUACUCGUCAUUGAAGAGAGAGCCCAAGGCCGCAUCCCUGCCCACCUGGAAGAGUGUUGACCGGCUGGACAAUUCCAGUGCAUCAUCAGUCCUCCAAAGUCCAGACGGCAACUGGAUUGCUCUCCACAGCUCUCAGAUGUCUCGUCCCAGCCUGCUCACCAAGAGGAAAAGCCUGGUGUUCAGUGUCUUGGAAAAGGAGUCCGGCGUUGUCUCAGCCUACGACGAGAUGGGUUCUGACUCCGAGGAGGACGACCGAGGCAGCUGGGGCGCGGCGUUGCAGCAGUUCCGCCGCAAACUGUCCGAUGAGACCUACUACACCGACUCGCAGCAUGACCCCGAGUGGACGUAUACGCAGCACCUGCCCGUGACCUCGCCUUCUUCUGGCCAGUACACCAACACGGAGACUCUCAAUUCUGAUUCGGAAGCAUCCUCUGCGCGGUCUUCGUGUCCUCGGCGACCACCUCAAAACCUGCUUUGGAGGAAAGGACCAUCAGACACGCAUCUUCACCCUUACCACGUACCGCUGUACCAGCAACACCUUCACCAAAACCUCUCUCCGUAUCCGCUUCUCUCAGGGGCUCUCGAUGUGAACUAUAACCCCAAGGUGAUGGCGGACAGCAGCGAGGCCGAAGAAAGGCAGAACGAGCAGGUGAGGAGGUCACGGCGACGACGCAAAAGCAAGAGAGAUUCAUCAAACGAGAGCCGGUCCGGGAGCCAGAGCUAUUCGCAGUCGAUUCAGGAGACUAGUGGUUUUCUUCUGGAUGACCUCCUGAAAAGGGGCUUAAGCGAGGACAAGCCUGUCGCCGACACAGUGCCCAUGAGCACAGCAGCACCAGAUGCCUUCCCAGUAGAUGCCAUCACACCCGAAUCCCAUGACUUGGACCAAGCCACCCCGAAUUCGGUGGACCCGAGCAGCCCUUCGGGGCCCCACCACGGGGGCUCGGGACCUGUGUCCAGCACAGCCCGCCCUCUGGAGGAAGAAUUGCGGUCCAGGGUCAGUAAGCUGGUCAGGAGCCGCACCAACAGCAGAGAUCGCAGCUCGUCGGAUGAGGAGUGGCCCCCGCACAAACAGAUGGAGGAAGAAAGCGGCAGAGCAAAGCCGAAAGACACGGAAAGAGAGAAGACAAGGUCAAGUGUCAAAUUAAAAGAAAAAGCGGGCGAACCGGCCCGUCAAUUGAAUGGUGAAGAGAUGACAAGAGGUGAGAGGUCGAUCAGAAGUCCACCGUUGAGUGGGGAAUGCCGAGUGAAGGAGAGGAGGCUUGAGAAGCGAGCGGGGAGUUUGGAGGAGACACUCGAUGAGAAGGAGCAGAAGAGAGGAGAGCGAAGAAAAAACAAGAGACAGCAUCGGCGAGAUUUGGAGAAGGAGAUGUACGAAUGGAAGAGCGCCUCCGGUGCUGCCAGCGCGUCUGCUGUUACGCCAUCUUCCCAGGAGGCGGUGCUGUCUGACAACCAGCAGAAGUAUUCUGCGGCCUCACUCUGCAGCAUCACCACGGAGGUGUUGAAGGUUUUGAACGCCACCGAGGAGCUGAUCAGCGAGGCAGGAGGGGACGGCUCCACGCCUUCAGAGCCUCAGAGCACGUCCGCCUUCUCCAGCAGCUCUGAGACUCACAAACUGGACCAGAGGCUCACCAAGAUGGAGGAGAAUGUUUACCUGGCUGCUGGUGCUGUAUAUGGCUUGGAGGGGGCUCUGGGGGACUUGGAGCAGUGUGCCCGCAAUAUCAGUAGUGGGACCACGGACACUGAACUGGCAUUCCUGGAAGACCAAGUGGCGACUGCUGCUGCUCAGGUCCAGCAAUCUGAAAUGCAGAUAUCCAACAUUGAGGCCAGGAUAUCGGCUCUUAAAACCGCAGGGUUGAAUGUGACCGUUUGCAAUCAUUUCUCCAAGUUCAAGCCAACGGCAAAGCCACAAACCCUGGACUCAUCGCGCCAUCAGAGGAGGAAGCUGCCAGCCCCUCCGCUAAAAGAUACCAAAUAAAGAUAAGAUGGAGGCCGAGCAGUCGAUGGAAGUCUUUGGGCCACAGUGUGGAUGAGGAGCAGCAGCACAAGUCCCUCAGGGCCACACGCCAGAGCCCUGUGGACAAGGGCCCCCUUCCCCCCUCCCCGCCUCCACUCAUGCAGUGCCUUGACCCAGCCCCACACCAAACGGGAGCUUACACCUGCCCCGUUGCGGCCCACAAAGCCCUCAGCCCUUUCACGCCAUUGACAAGAUACGUAGAGCAAAGAUGAGUGGACAGUCUCUGCCUUAAAACCUCUCCAAAACCAAUCUGUGUACAAAUUGUACCACUUGAAUAUCGACCAUGAUUAGGAUGUACAAUGAAGUCAUAGGCUAUUAAUUAUGAGACGCUUAUCCCUAGUACGGGCUAGAAUGUCACGAGGGUUGCACCCGUGAAGACCCGUGCACACACACGCGGCUAUCAGACAUUAAUUCCCGUUCAGGAGGAUGGUUGUCAUUUGAAACUCAUUUCGGACUGCUGGGAAGUAAGACAUGUCCCAUUUGGAGUUGACCAAGUUGUAUGUCGAAGCAAUUUUAUCAGACGAAUGUCCCCAUCACUCCCAAGUAUCAACAAUAAAUGUCGAUAAAUAUAUUUGACAUCUUUUUUUUUUUUUUUUUUUUUUGUGGGUCCUCGCUAUUAGGAAACGAUAGAGUACUGAGCCCUGCCACAAGUAGUGAAAAUUUGCAGUUGAUUGACCCCCAUUCUCCCAUCUGAAUGGUGCUCCUCCAUUCACUUCAACACUGUUCAGCGGCACCGAGACCAACACGGUUGAUUAUCUUUCGAAUAGACUUUUCCAAGUUCGAGGUUGGAAUUUUCUGAGUUAACAGCGGUCUGGCACAAGACUGCCAUCCAGCAAAAAAUGACCAGUGGCAGAGUUGUUGUUGUUUUGAUACUUUUAUGCUCUCUUCUUGAACUUUCGACGAGAGCUUGAGCCAGCAACUGGCAAGCUUAGCAUCGAUGCCACCUCUGACAAUUAGCGCAUUAUCGAGCCAUCAUUCUGGUUUCAAUACGUUUUGAAAAUCAGACUCUUUCUUCUUGUUUCCACAUGAGCUCAGCAAGAGAUCAGAGUGUCUAUUCAUGUGACAGCUACAUUUCCUCAUCUAACUUUGGACUAGAAUGCAAAUGAAAGUCUUAUUCAACAGCACUCAACCGUGAAAGCGAAGCACGAGCUACCCCUUCGGUGCAGUAUUCUCUUCUUCUGAUCUCCUUUUCUCUCUUACUCUCCAAAUGAACAGCCUAUUGUUUGAGCAACAGAGCUCUUCCUGUCCAAACCUCGGUGCCACAUACAAGAUUUUAACGGGCUGGUUUUGUCAGUGUCAAGAAACCACAGUUUUGGUGACAAGCAAUUUAUUUUUGUACUUAGAACAUUUUUUAUGCGCAUUAUCACAAAUGACAAAGCUUUAUUUUAUCCUGAGUGGUUCCUGUGAGACACGACUCCAAUUGCUUUCUGUGUCUGCUUUGAAAAUUCGGAUGACAAGGAGACGAGGCUAAUAUGAUAUUAAAUGUGAGAAUACUGCUGUCAUGUUUUGAUUUUGUCCCCGCAGAAAAUCCAUGGGCAAUCCGCAGGAGUGCAGGGUUGAUUUCCUGACUUGCAUGGUGCAAACCAAAAAACAAAAUGGGCAAUCCCAUGUGCACUUGCUCCACCUCUUUCUCUGAGAGAAACUUUCUUGCAACCUUCUCAUGUUUUUUUUUUUUCUUCAUGGGGGGAGCACAUUGGUCCUGUUCUUGUUUGUCUCUCUUGGAGUGUUGAUACAGUAUAUAAAAGCAUGUUUGUGAUGUACAAAUGUCAUGAGAAGCACAGCUAAAACGGUCCAAUUAUCGGUGUCCUGUAUUUUUGUAAAAAUGCCAUCUCAGAAUUUAAUAUACAGUAUGUAUAUG